CUCGAGGGCUUGCUAUUACAAGCUGCAGACGUCAACCCCUGCUUUCUGAUUCACCUGCUUCUCCUCCCUGAUUUUUUCCUCGCUUUCAAAUAAAUUCCAGCGUCCUUAUCGAUCUUUUUUAAUUCUGUUCAAUUUAUGGGGCACCACUCCUGCUGCAACAAGCAGAAGGUGAAGAGAGGGCUCUGGUCUCCUGAGGAAGAUGAGAAACUCAUUAACUACAUUACCAACUACGGCCAUGGCUGCUGGAGCUCCGUCCCCAAACUUGCAGGCCUUCAGAGAUGUGGAAAGAGUUGCAGAUUAAGAUGGAUAAAUUAUCUAAGACCUGAUUUGAAACGAGGAAGCUUCUCUCCUCAAGAAGCAGCCCUAAUCAUUGAACUCCAUAGUAUUCUAGGAAACAGAUGGGCUCAGAUAGCGAAACAUUUACCUGGAAGAACAGAUAAUGAAGUGAAGAACUUUUGGAAUUCAAGCAUCAAGAAGAAGUUGAUUUCUUCUCAUGAUAAUGUUCCGGCGUUGGCCACCUUUGCUGACCUUCACAACACUACUCUGCCGGGGGAAGGUUUCUUCGCCCUAAACGGAAACCAGAAUUUGAUCCUCACUGCUCAGCAGGACCACCUCUACCAUUCCUCGCCAACUCCAAUUGUACAGAGCUUUUCAAAUCUAGAUUUCAAGCCAAACCAUCAGACAAAUCCUAUCGAUUUCAUUAAUCAUUUGCCAACUCCGGUGAUCCCACAGCCAAAUCCAUGUUCUUAUGAUCCCACGUGGUUGCUGCCCUACGAUCAUCCUCAAAACCUUCACCAGAACCAAGAGGAUCAGACUUUUAGCAACGAAAUAGUGACAAAUUUCAUUGGAGAUCAUAAGUUUAUCAACCCAACUGUUGCCAUUUCAACACCUUAUGAUAGUCCACUAAUGGCGGCUUCCUUGCCUAAACUCUGUGAGAUACUGGAAGGAAAUGUCUGCAGCCUUUCACCGGCACCAGCAUCAUCAGUUUCACUAGAAGUGGAUCCGGCCACCACCGGACUCUCCUGCUUUCCAUCUCUGAAUUUUCCACAAAGUCAUCACCAAAUGGAGUAUAUUGAUCCCAACAUUGUGUCACAGCCAUCUUCAUCUUCCACAUUAUCCGCAUUACCAGGCAGGUCAUUCCUGACAAACCCUAAUCUUCCUUCUAGCAGCUGGGAUCCAUAGACUUGUGGGUGUAUCAGAAAUCUUGCACUGGUCGACUUUUUGCUAGGUACUACUAUCAAUUAUCAAUGCAUUUAUUUCUUGAAAUAUAUAUAAAUUUAUAUGCGUAAAGGAAAAACUGAGAGUGCCACCCUUUUGGAGAAAUUGAGGAAAUCUAAAUGUUUCUAGUUCAGGUUAUAUUUUCAGGAAAUAAUGUUGCUAUGCGUUAUAUUACUUCCAAUAUAAAUAAGUUUUGGUUCU